AUGUGGCUGGCACCAUAACCACUGUGCUACGGGUGCCAAGCCCAACCUCAAACUCUUGAGCUUGAGCAAUCCUCUUGUCUCAGCCUCCAGAAUAGCUGAAACUAUAGGCACCCACCUCAUGGCCAAGCUAGUUUUUCUAUUUUUAGUAGAAAUGGGGUCUUGCUCUUGCUCAGGCUGGUCUCCAAAUCCUGAGCUCAAGCAACCCAGCAGCCUCCCCGAGUGCUAGAUACACAGGAGUGAGCCAUCGCACUUGGCCCCUGGUCUUUUUAGAUUCCUGUUCCUCUGCAUGGUCUCUGGGUCCUGCUCUUUUACUUUCACCAUCCCUGUCCUUGAGGAGCCGCUGGUCACUACUCAUGCCUGAAAGGCCUUGAGCAGAACUGGACCCUCCUGUCUAUUCCCUGGGUGAGCAUUCACUGGGCCAGAGUCACAGAAGGUUUCUCAGAGGAGGUAACAUUCGAGUAGGGUCUUGAAAACUGAGUGGAAAUUCUCCAGAAUAUGGGGGAGGAAGGCAUGGAAUUAUGGAUGAGCCCCCUGUGUCUGAGGAGGUAGCUGGAUGUUGGCCUGGGAUAGAGGAGCAGUGGGAGGGCAGGGGCCUGGAGAGGAAACUGCUUUCAGCUUUGUAAGUUGGCUUGGGGAGGGUGAAUUUUACCAGAAGGCCCUGGGGAGUAAGAGAAGGUCUUUAAACAGGAGAAUGGUCAGAAUCACAAAGCAAGCACUAAAGGUGGGGAGAAACUGCUGGGGUUGAGAAUUCAGGGAGACCAGUGGAGGGGCUGUUGUUUAGGCAAGAGAGGAUGAGGCUAGUCUGAGGGCCAUGGCAGAAGGGUGGAGAGGCUCAAGGCUCCUCUCCUCCUUGGGCCUUUGAGUUCCUGGCAGCAAAGCUGAGGACAGAGGCUGCAUAGCAGUCAGUUCUACUAGAACCUGGCACCCCGACUCCCAACACUGCACACUCUGGAGGCUCUAGGGCAAGUGGAGAAGGGAAGUACAGGGUGCAGACAGGGAGGGGGAGAAGGACGAAGGUGAUUGUGGCUUAGGUCUAUGGGCUAAGGAAUGUGGAGGACUAGCAGAUUUGUCUGGCCCCACUGCUCUCCCUCUGGCCCUGCAGAGGAAGGGUUAACUUGCCAGACCUCCCUCCCUCCCUUCUUCUCUCCCCUCAGGUCACCUUCUUAGCCCUAGAGACUUGGCUGAUGGCUCAAGUUCCUCAACCAGUGGCCCUGAGUAAUCAGAGUACACAGAGGGGCCAGGGACCAGGGGUGUGGGAGCCUCCGAGAAUGAGGGGCUAGGGCAGUGGUUCUCAACCCUCCUUAUGCGUAACCCUUUAAUACAGUUCCUGUGGGUCGUGACCCACAGGUUGAGAACCGCUAGGCUAGGGAGUCUAUAAAACCGGGGGCUUUAGGGAGAACUCCAGGUUGGCUCCUAAUGUCUCCAAUGAGCCCAGGACCCCCUGUCGCAGCAGCACUGAUCUCAGUUUCUUCCACCCACCAGAGGAGAAUCCUCAAAUUCCUGAACAUUGGGGCGGACGAGCUGAAAGGGGCAGUGGCAACCUGCCAGAAAGCUUUCCAGCUCCAAGAGACAGGGCCCUCCCCCCAUUCCAGGAACUGGCCAGAAAUGAGUCUGUGGUCAGUGAGAGACCUCUGCUAAUGGAACCUGGGCUGCCACAGAGCGGGUGGAGAAGGGCAGAGGGACCUGAGUGCAGCUCAGAAUGGGAGGGCACUGCUGAUGUGAGGCAGAGUUGGGGGGCAGGGCUGGCUGUAGGAAACUCAGGAAUCAAGGGGAACUGGGGGUCAGGGAGUAACUGGAAAGUUCAUAGGGGUCAGAGCAGUGAUUGGAAGGUGGGAUUCCAAAGAGUAAUUAGAGGGGCUCUAGGGUCUAAGGAUAGAUUGAGAGAAUUGGGGUCCGUGAAAUAAUUGGGGGCAUUGUAGGUCGAGGGAAAUUAAAGAGGAAUCAUAGGUCUGAGAGUGUGUUGGGGUUUGGGGGCUCAGAUAUCCCAGAGGAAUAACUGAGCCAGGUGAGAAUAAGGGAGAGAACCCAGAGUUGGGAUGGGAAAACUGAGGGAUGUGCUGAGGGAGUGAUUGGAGGAUGUGUUAGAUACAAAUGGCAAAAAAGAGAGAGAGAUUGGAGGGUGAUAGAGAGCACGCGUUUGUGUGUCCUUGGGGUGGGGGGUCGGGAGAGGGCAGGGAGGACCCUGUUGCUAGCUGAGGUUAUGAUGUCAUUGGGAGCAGAGGACUGCACUAGGUCCCCUUCACCUGAGGGGUGGGUACCAGAAGCCCCAGCCCUUUCCCAGGGUUUCUACUCUGUUUCAAAUCUCUCUGUCCUGCUAAAGCUGCUGACAGGAAAGGGGCUGUGGCCCCCUCCUCUCUAUCAGCCUCCCUUUGCCAAGCCAUUAAUUAUUCAUCAGCCCAGACACCCGCCCUCCCUGGCAGGGCAGGCUGGGCCUCCUCUCCACGCCCCGCCCCAUCCCAGCCACACUGCCACAGAGGCCCCGGUGAGGAAAGACGGCCAGGCCGGUGGCAACGGAGACCCGGCAGGAGGGCUGGGUGGCUGGCCCUGCUGGACCCCUGCCUAAGGUCACAUCACCUUCCCCCCCUCCUCCGCACCUUCCCCCUUUCUCGCCAAUCCCCUGGAGAAGAUGCCCAUCCAGAUCUUCUGCUCUGUGUCAUUCUCCUCUGGAGAGGAGGCUCCAGGGCCCUUGGGAGACGUAUGGGGUCCCUGCCACCACUGCCACCAGCAGCGGGACAACUCAGAAUCGGAAGAGGAUGAAGAGAAGGAAAAGGAGAAAGCAAGGCAGGAAGCCAAUCAGGGGGAUUCACCCAGGGACCUUGUGGCCUUUGCCAACAGCUGUACUCUCCAUGGUGCCAGCCAUGUCUUUGUGGAAGGGGGUCUAGGACCAAAGCAAGCCCUGUGGGCAGUGGCCUUUGUCCUGGCACUGGGUGCCUUCCUGUGCCAGGUAGGGGACCGCAUCGCUUAUUACCUCAGCUACCCACACGUGACUCUGCUAAAUGAAGUGGCCACCAUGGAGCUGGCCUUCCCGGCAGUCACCCUGUGCAACACCAACCCCGUGAGGCUGUCCCAGCUCAGCUACCCCGACUUACUUUAUCUCGCUCCCAUGUUGGGGCUGGAUGAAAGCGAUGACCCUGGGGUGCCCCUGGCUCCACCAGGGCCUGAGGCCUUCUCUGGGGAGCCCUUUAACCUGCACCGUUUCUACAAUCGCUCCUGCCACCGGCUGGAGGACAUGCUGCUCUACUGCUCCUACCAAGGGGGGCCCUGUGGCCCUCACAACUUCUCAGUGGUCUUCACACGGUAUGGAAAGUGCUACACGUUCAACUCAGGCCGAGAUGGGCGGCCACGGCUGAAGACCAUGAAGGGUGGGACGGGCAAUGGGCUGGAAAUCAUGCUGGACAUCCAGCAGGACGAGUACCUGCCAGUGUGGGGGGAGACGGAUGAGACGUCCUUCGAAGCAGGCAUCAAAGUGCAGAUCCAUAGUCAGGAUGAACCUCCUUUCAUUGACCAGCUGGGCUUUGGUGUGGCUCCAGGCUUCCAGACCUUUGUGGCCUGCCAGGAGCAGCGGCAGCUCAUCUACCUGCCCCCGCCCUGGGGCACCUGCAAAACUGUUACCACGGACUCGGAAUUGGAUUUCUUCGACUCCUACAGCAUCACUGCCUGCCGCAUCGACUGUGAGACGCGGUACCUGGUGGAGAACUGCAACUGCCGAAUGGUACACAUGCCAGGAGAUGCCCCAUACUGCACUCCAGAGCAGUACAAGGAGUGUGCAGAUCCUGCUCUGGACUUCCUGGUGGAGAAGGACCAGGAGUACUGUGUGUGCGAAAUGCCCUGCAACCUGACCCGCUAUGGCAAGGAGCUGUCCAUGGUCAAGAUCCCCAGCAAAGCCUCAGCCAAGUACCUGGCCAAGAAGUUCAACAAAUCUGAGCAGUACAUAGGGGAGAACAUCCUGGUGCUGGAUAUUUUCUUUGAAGUCCUCAACUAUGAGACCAUUGAACAGAAGAAGGCCUAUGAGAUUGCAGGGCUCCUGGGUGACAUUGGGGGCCAGAUGGGGCUGUUCAUCGGGGCCAGCAUCCUCACGGUGCUAGAGCUCUUCGACUACGCCUACGAGGUCAUCAAGCACAAGCUGUGCCGCCGAGGGAAGUGCCAAAAGGAGGCCAAGAGAAGCAGCGCGGACAAGGGUGUGGCCCUCAGCCUGGACGACGUCAAAAGACACAACCCGUGCGAGAGCCUCCGGGGCCAUCCUGCCGGGAUGACGUACGCUGCCAACAUCCUACCUCACCAUCCGGCCCGAGGCACGUUUGAGGACUUUACCUGCUGAGCCCUGCAGGCCACUGAACCAAAGGCCUAGAUGGGGAGGUCUAGAGAGCGAGGGGGUCCCCAGCUGCCUACCCCCUACAUCUGCCCUGGGGACUCGACCCCCACUCCUGGACAGUCCUUUCCUCUUGACUGUGGUGAGGAAGGCAUCUUGACCAUGGAGUCCUCUCCCUGCCUCAAUCCCAUUCUUUUUGUGUUUAACAAAACUAAUCUAAAUCUUAAAAAGAAACUAAAAAGGGAGAAUAAGGCAAGGGAUCUCAGGCUGCCCCUGUCUCCCCCAUGCUGCCUCCCCCUAGCUCCCAGCCUGAAUUCUGUCUUUCUGGCUGUCUGUCAUCUGAGUGUCCACCUACAUUCUGCUGCCACCAGUCACCAAAGCCCUCUCCUAGUGAGGGGUGGAAGGGAUCCCGGAGGCCUGGAAUUUGGCCCCAAACCAGAGAAUGUAUCUUAAGGGGGAGGGCUAGUGGGGGGGCUUCCCCAGCCUUAAGAGACCCUCUCAGCCCAGGAACUGCCCCCAGAUCCAAGUCUCCAGGCAGGAAUAAAACCCUAAUUCCAUUCCCUCACACCAUGUGGAAUCUCUAGGAGGGUGGGGGUGGAAGAUCCCUUGAAGAAAUGGAGAUAGGGACAUGAUGUUGUCCUGGUGCUGUAGGCCACGUUCUGAUACCACAAGUUUCUCUCCCCCCUCCCAAAAAAAGCUGCUGGACAGAAAUCCCAAGAGGCAGCCCUCCUCUGUCAUUCCUUAAAAGACAUGGCUGGUUAGCUUCCAGCUCAGGGAGAGGGGCACUGGUGCCUGACCUCACUAGUCUCUCUCCCAGAGGCCCUUGCAGAGGCCACAUCCAUAAAUUUUCUUAUGGAACUCUCCUAAGUCCUCCUUCCCAACUUCAUUUGCUUCUCUCAACAACCUCAUCUGCAUUUUCUAUUUCUAUAUGAUACAGACUCUAUAUUGCUAUAUCUCUGUAUAUACUUUCCCCUAACCCUGUCUGUUUCUACCCCACCCCUUCUUGUCUCUGAGAACCAUCCUCCCACCCCAAUUUCCCCCUUCUGUGUUUCUGCCCCCUCCCUGGUCUCUGAAUGCCUUCGCCUGUAUAAAGAGUUGGACUCUC